ACGUCUUUCAGCAUCUUGUCAAAAGUUGUGGAGCGUUUUUCGGUUUUUUAAUUUUUUUAAAGUAUCCAAUUAAAAGACUUUUAUCCCGAAUCCAAACUGUUUUAACCACUUAUACUAUUGUUUUUCCAUUCAUACGUACUAUUUACUUUUACCACACUAUUAAACCUACUUAACCAUAAUUCGUUUUUUGUUUGCAAACAUAACUCCUAGUUCCUUGCAAGUUUCUUCAAAUAAAUUACAAAUGAAAUUAAUUUAAAUUUAUUUUAAUCGCUUGUAUUUUAAAAUCUGCCUAAUAAUGUCAAAGAGACAUGCUGAAGAGGCGGCUAGCGGGAGCCAGCCACCUAUUAAAAAAAUUCACUUUGAGCCUCAUUUGAUUGGACCGGUUUCGACGCUGGAAGAAAUGGAUAUCAAAGUUCUCCAAUUUCAGAACAAGAAGCUAGCGCAGAGAAUUGAGCAAAGAUGUAGAACAGAACAAGAGCUGAGGCAAAGAAUUGAACAACUUGAAAAAAGACAGACCCAAGAUGAUGCUAUGCUCAAUGUCGUCAACAGAUAUUGGAACCAACUUAAUGAAGACAUUAGAAUUUUACUACAAAGAUUCGAUGCUGAAACGGCAGACGAAUCUGAAACUAAAAAUGAAAACGAAGCCACAACUUCCUUCUUGAUGCAACUAUCUACUUGGGAUAAGGAUGAAUUAAAUGACAAACUCGCCAAUAGGGUGCAGGUUUCAAGAAGAGCAGUAGCAAAAGUCAUUCAAGCCUUUGAUAGAUUAAUGCAAAGAAAUGAAAAAAUAACUUUAGCCCUCAAAGGAGAGUUAGAAGGCCAGGAGAUACCAAAUCUAGACGAAGCAAUUCGUCAGACUAACAUACAGCUCCAAGCCGAAAAUAGAAAUCUUCAAGCACUACACACUACCCUACACGAAAAAUACCACACUCUAAGCCUAAAAGUAAGUGAACUGCAGGAUACCGUGACAGCAAAAGAAACCGAGAAUGCAGAAUUUAAAAAUCAAAUUGAUGAUUUGCAAUACGAACUGGAGAAAGUGAGGAAUAGAAAUGAUAAAUUGGAAACUCAUCUUGCUGAGGCCGUGGAAAAGCUCAAAGCCUACCAUCAGCUGCACGGAGAUCCAGCCGACAAGUCCGGAAAGGAACAAAAACCCGCUCCGCAAACUAGCGUAUCACAAGCUAAAUUGGAAGAUUUAAUUAAAGAAGUCGAAGAAUGGAAGGAGCUGGCCAAUAACAGACUGCAAGAAUUAGACAAACUACACCAGACUCACAGAGAAACUCUGAAAGAAGUAGAGAAAUUGAAGAUGGACAUUCGACAACUUCCUGAAAGUGUUAUUGUUGAGACUACAGAAUACAAGUGUCUGCAGUCUCAGUUUUCUGUUUUAUAUAACGAAUCUAUGCAAUUGAAAACUCAGUUAGAUGAAGCUCGACAGCAGCUACAGACUAGUAAAAAUGCGCAUUUAAGGAAUAUAGAAAUGAUGGAGGGAGAAGAACUGAUUGCUCAAAAGAAGUUGCGACAAGAAGUGAUGCAACUUGAAGACUUCCUGGCACAACUUAGAAAGGAAUACGAAAUGUUGAGGAUAGAAUUCGAACAGAACUUAGCGGCCAACGAACAGACCGGUCCUAUAAAUCGAGAAAUGAGGCAUUUGAUAACCUCGCUGCAGAAUAACACACAACAGUUGAAGGGAGAAGUACACAGAUAUAAGAGGAAAUACAAGGAAGCUAAUGCUGAACUACCCAAAUUACGGAAAGAAGUCGACGAUCUUCAGCAAAAACUAAGCCAAGUUCAGGGCGCUAAUCAGGAUAGUAAAGAUGGAAUUAAAAAAGAGGAGAUUAAAGAAGAAGAUAUGUCAAGCAGUGAAUGCUCUCAAAUCAAAGAGGAGCCUAAUCUUACUGUCAAAAAAGAAGAAGAAGAUACAGAGCAAGUUGAAGAUGCGGAAGGAAACAAAGACCAAAAUCCCGGCGCUAGCGAUUCCCCUGGUGUUAAAAAAGAGGGUGCUCCUAAACAAGACAAAAAUACAGUGAAAAAAGAAGUAGUUCCGAAAGCUGAGAAAGAUCACAGAGAAGCCAUGAAAGCGAAAGAAGCGAAAAUUGCCGAGAAUGAAUUAGUCAGGGAUUUAAAGAAUCAACUUAAGAAAGCGUUGAAUGAACAAAAGGAGAUGAAGCUGCUUUUGGACAUGUACAAAGGUGUCAGCAAAGAGCAGAGGGACAAGGUGCAAUUGAUGGCAGCUGAGAAGAAAUUGAGAACCGAUUUGGAUGAGCUCCGGCAGACGAUGAAAAAGUUGCAGGAUAUCAAGAGAGACGAUAAGAGAAAACUGGCCGAAGACGAAGCUCUAAAGAAGAUCAAGCAAUUGGAAGAACAGAAAUACGAACUUCAGAAACAAGUUGCAAACCAAAAACCAAGCGACGGUAACUGGGGCGGUCACAAUGUUCAUCAAAGACCUUUCGUCGGAUCGUUGGAGGAAGAAGCUCUUUUGAACGAGAUGGAAGUCACUGGGCAAGCUUUCGAGGAUAUGCAGGAACAAAACUCUAGACUGAUCCAACAACUUCGAGAAAAGGACGACGCCAAUUUCAAACUAAUGUCGGAACGAAUUAAGUCUAACCAACUUCACAAACUGGCUAGGGAAGAGAAGGAUGUUUUGAAAGAACAAGUAGGUACCUUAACGACGCAGGUAGAUGCCGCUAAUAUAGUUGUCAGAAAGCUGGAAGAAAAAGAGCGGAUACUACAAAAUACAUUGGCAACGGUGGAGAAAGAGCUGUCGCUUAGACAGCAAGCUAUGGAGAUGCACAAGAGGAAGGCUAUAGAGUCUGCGCAGUCCGCCGCUGAUCUGAAACUUCAUUUAGAAAAAUAUCAUUCCCAAAUGAAAGAAGCGCAACAAGUAGUAGCCGAAAAAACAAGUUCGCUAGAAGCUGAAGCUUACAAAACCAAACGCCUUCAAGAAGAAAUAGCCCAACUAAAACGAAAGGCAGAAAGAAUGAAGAAGAUGGAAUUGGCCGGCACCACGUUGGACGAAGUCAUGAUGGAAGAAAUCCGCGAAUACAAAGAAACUCUCACUUGUCCCUCCUGCAAGGUCAAGAGGAAAGACGCCGUACUAUCUAAAUGUUUCCAUGUAUUCUGCUAUGAUUGUCUUAAAACUAGAUAUGAAACAAGGCAGAGGAAAUGUCCUAAAUGUAAUUGUGCUUUUGGGGCUAACGACUACCAUCGUCUGUAUUUAUCUAACUAGUGGACUACCAGUACUAUUAUUUGUAAUUUAUUGAUUUUUAAGCUUAUACGCAGAUAUUCCUUUAAUUUUCGUGCUUGUUUUUAAUUCUAAAAUAAUUUAAAUGCAGUGUUUCAUAGUUUUGUGUAUCUUUAGAAUGGCAUUUAUUUUAUGAUUAUAAAAAUAGUUUUGCAAAAAGUUGCAUCAAGAAAGUAAAGAAGUAAACUAUAUAUACUAAUUACAUGGAUAGGAUCGGUCUAUUUAGCCGUGUAUCUGAUUUAUUCUUCUAUAUAAUGACGCAUUUCUGGUAUAUUGUAGGUAUCACAAGUAGUUUUUGUCUUUUGUUUAUCCGGGAUUCCUGGAAGGCUUUUUCUCUAAUAUGUCAUUUGUGUACUAUUUACUUAUUUAUCACUAGUUUUUGUUUGCGAUUCUAGUCGUCUCUUUCUAUCUGCUGUCUCUGUUAACUUCUUAAUACCAACAACUCGUGUAAAAACCGAUGUAACAAUAUGUUUUUUCGUUUAUUUUUGGUAAUCAGCAAGAAAUGAAAGGAAUAACUACGUAUUGUCUGCAAAUUAGAUAUAAGAAUAAGUUAUUGGUUCCAUUUUUUCUAUGUAAUUAUGUGAUUCAUGUAAAGAUUCGUUUCAUAAGAAAAGUUGUUUAAUUUCAUGGAGUGUACCAAGUUAUAUACAGAUAAAUGUUCGUAAUAUAUGUAGAGAAAAAAAUAACUAAUCAAAAGUUAUUCAGUCGAUGGAAUCUUGGUGGUUUUGCGUGUUUGUUUGAAAAUCGUCCAAUUUCCAAUAUACCAUUUCUAAAUUUUUCUCCCAAAUAU